AAUUGAUUAUCUGAAGAAAUGGAUACUUCUCCCUCCAAAAAAUAUCCAGUUAAAAAGCGGGUGAAAAUACAUCCCAACACAGUGAUGGUGAAAUAUACUUCCCAUUAUCCCCAGCCUGGGGAUGAUGGAUAUGAAGAAAUCAAUGAAGACUAUGGAAAUUUUAUGGAAGAAAAUCCAAAGAAAGGCCUGCUGAGUGAAAUGAAAAGAAAAGGAAGAACUUUCUUUGGAACCAUGGAUACUCGACCUCUGCCAACAGAAGACCCAAUGACUAAUGAUACCGGACAAUUCCAGAGCUUUGCAGAAAAAAAUAUUUUUCAAUCCAGAAAAAUGUGGAUAGUGCUAUUUGGAUCUGCUCUGGCUCAUGGAUGUGUAGCUCUGAUCACCAGGCUUGUUUCCGAUCGUUCUAAAGUUCCAUCUCUAGAGCUGAUUUUUAUCCGUUCUGUCUUGCAGGUCUUAUCUGUGUUAGUUGUGUGUUACUACCAGGAGGCCCCCUUUGGACCCAGUGGAUACAGAUUACGACUCUUCUUUUAUGGUGUAUGCAAUGUCAUCUCUAUCACUUGUGCUUAUACAUCAUUUUCAAUAGUUCCUCCCAGCAAUGGGACCACUAUGUGGAGAGCCACAACCACAGUCUUCAGUGCCAUUCUGGCUUUCUUACUUAUAGAUGAGAAAAUGGCUUAUGUUGACAUGGCUACAGUUGUUUGCAGCAUCUUAGGUGUUUGUCUUGUCAUGAUCCCCAACAUUGUCGAUGAAGACAAUUCUUUGUUAAAUGCCUGGAAAGAAGCCUUUGGGUACACUAUGACUGUGAUGGCCGGACUGACCACUGCUCUUUCUAUGAUAGUAUACAGAUCUAUUAAGGAGAAGAUUAGCAUGUGGACUGCACUGUUUACCUUUGGUUGGACUGGGACAAUCUGGGGAAUAUCUACUAUGUUUGUUCUUCAGGAACCCAUCAUCCCAUUAGAUGGAGAAACCUGGAGUUAUCUCAUUGCCAUAUGCGUCUGUUCCACUGCAGCAUUCUUAGGAGUUUAUUAUGCUUUGGACAAAUUCCAUCCAGCUUUGGUCAGCACAGUACAACACCUGGAGAUUGUAGUAGCUAUGGUCUUGCAGCUUCUAGUGUUACACAUAUUUCCUAGUGUGUAUGAUGUUUUUGGAGGGGUAAUCAUUAUAAUUAGUGUUUUUGUCCUUGCUGGUUAUAAGCUUUAUUGGAGGAAUUUAAGAAGGCAGGAUUAUCAGGAAAUACUAGACUCUCCCAUCAAAUGAAUACUUGAUUAUUAUUUUGUUAACAGUUAUUAAUAGGUACACUGCCAUUUUAAUAUUUACCUAUAAAUGUCUUGUGUUGUAUAAUUGACAGAGUGGUAUAUAAAAUCAAUAUAGGCAGAUGUAGAAAAUUUAUUCUAGUCUAAUAUGUUAAAAAACAAAUAUUAAAUAUGUGAAACACCAUAAAUCCAGUGUUUCUAUGGUUAUUAACAAAAAGUAAUUGUGGUAGGAGAAUGUUAACUCUCAUCACUGAAGAACAUAAUACUUGAGGAAAUGAGCCUUUUCAGAUGGAACUUCUGUGGCCCUAAAAUAAAUGUUUAUGCCCAAUAUUAUACAAAUGUUUAAUAAAAAUCCUUCGAUAGCCAAAAAUCUUCAUUGGUGAAAAGUACACGGUAAGGUGAAAUCUUAAUACAAUUCCUAUUUUGUCAUCUGCUUACAUUAGAAACUAGAGGUGACUGGGUUGGGUAAGGGAGCUUAAGUUGAGGCAAGAAAGAGGGAACAAAGGAAAACAGGUGGUUUUUCAAUGACCAUAGUAGUUGCCCUACUUUCAAACAGAAAAUUGGUCUUUGCUAUGGCUACAUUAGGUAAUGCAUAGGAUAAUGGAAGUAGGGAGAAGACUGGAUUCUUGACAGCUCUACUUAGUCUGUGCCAUUUUGUACCUGAUGGUGGGAGACUUAAUACUGGGGCAAGGUCUAUUUAUCCUCAGUUUUACAGAUCUUUUCCAAAACUGUCCUUGUUUAUGAUUUUGUAGCAAGUGCAUGUGUAAGCUGUAGUAAAGGUACUCCUUACCCUUG